ACCACACCCAGGCUUCUGACACUGCCGUGAAUAUUCGCCUCAGUCGGAGGUAUCCUCUGGAGAGUGAACAUGCGCCGACAAUCGUACCAAUUAAUACACUUCGCGUAGCUAAUUAAUAAUUUAAGUUGCAGGUGACGGACUGCUGAGAUCCUGCUUUUGACAUUCGAAAUUUCCAAUUAAGAAGAAUAUUUAUAUCCAGGAUUAUUUUUUGAUCGCGCGGAACAUUCUUGGUUAAACUCUCCCAGUUUAAAUGUUCGUUUAAGCGCGAUGGAAGAAACGACACUGCCAACGUUCUCAGGUGCUCCGUCCGUCUCCCCGUACACAUCGAGUGAGGUCUCCGCGAGGAUCGAGGACGGCGCGGAGGACGCGGUGCAGCAGUGGCUGGAGAACGAGGCGUUCCCGGGCUUUCGCGUCUGGCAGCUCGCCGGCAUCGUCCUCUCCGUGCUGCUGAGCAUCGUCAUCGGGCUGUGCUGCUGCAUCCGCUUCCGCGUGCCUCGCACGAAGCAGCAGAUCGAGGCGGACUACAUCCGCAAAAAGAUCACCCGCAACUUCCGGAACGAGCUGUCGAAGAUCAGUAAUACAGAGAUGGACGAGAUGGAUCUGCAGAAAGCUCUGGAUAGAAUCCGAAGCGAAUUCGAGGGGGAAGACACGUCCGCGAUAGCAAAGGAAUGCGUGGAAUUGGCACAGCGGAACGCCGCUCGGCAGGGAUUUCGAUCCAGAUUCAACGCCGUGUUCGGCGGCACUCGUGUGCGUUUCGGUCCGCGCGAGCACGCGGAAUUCACAGCCACGAUCUGACGACGAUCGUGAUUCUUCGAGGCUUAAAACGACUCUGCUCUCUUAUAAUUUUAAGAGUAUGAAAAGAAAUACCGAGAAAAAAAUCCUAUAAAUAAAAUAUCUUUUUUUUUUAAUUGUUACAUUUCAACACAAAGAAAAGAUUCAAAGUGAGAAGCUUCGGAAGGAGAAGGUCGGCUUGUGCGGAGAGCAAUAAAUUGCGUCUGACGCUUUCAUUGACUAAAUAUAAUCUUUAUUUCAUAGAUAUAUUUUACACAAAUUCAUAUACUUUAGCAUGCAACAGUGAUCUAUUAGCAACGAAUAGGUAAUGCUCCGAGAAGCACCACGGUGUGUUACAAUGUAUUCUUUUUUUAUUUGCUUUUUUUUUCUCUAUCGUGUCGACAUUGCUAUCGAUUAAAACUUUUAUAUCGAUUAAUCAUUUGUACUCUCUCGUUUAACCGCGCUUGUCUUAUUAUCGCAUACCGAUUGAUCUUAAUCAUCUGUUCAAUAGAACUCGUCGAAUUGUAGAUCUGAUGACGAAUGACGAUACGAAGGCGCGAAAACUGUUGAUAUAAAAAAUAUGCUGGCAAAAAUUAACGGAAAUUUGAUAGAGAAGAUUGCCGUAUUCUGCUAAGCGAAUUAGUUUGUACGUGAGAUAUCAGGUUCAUGCAGCAGAUCUUUCGCGCUCCGCAAAUUUGCACUCAUCAAUGAACGACGAGGAUCGCAAUUAAAAAUAAAAAGUUUGACGAUGAUUUUAUUUCUGAGUAACGCUGCGAUAAAUUUUGCGAUGAAAAGAACAGAAGUAGGAAACGCAACAAAAUAAAAGACAACGAAAGAUAGAUUUAUGAAAAUGAUUUAUUAAAGUCGGAAAACAUACAGAAAACGGAAUUGUUAUACGAUAAAUCGUCCUGCCCAUCAGAAUUUCUGAAUAAAAAAGGAGGAAAAAAAAGAGAAUCAAGAUUGUCGACUGAAUUAAAAAAAUCGCAGCGGAUCGCAUUCGCGCAACAAUCGGAAGUAACUCGAGCGCGAGAACUGGCCAGUUAAAAAGUUUCCCUCUCAAACGAGCGAAACAAGUACGUGUGCGCGACUCAUCAUCUCGUCUCAUGUUUCAUAAGCGCUACUGACUAAGAGAACAAAGUAGGAACAAAAUAAAAAACAUACAUGUCGUUCCGAUGCUCGUCGGCGUUGACUCUUAUUAAAUCGUUUUCUUAUUUCACGAUGUAUGUCUGCGAUGCAUGCAGCGUUUAAACAACGCCGCAUUGCCGAUUAACAAUACUUCUUUCUCCUUUUCAAUCACGUUCCAAGAAAAAGAUGAUUCUCAUCUCCUCGCGUGACGUCGAUGAUAGAAUUUAACAAAAUAGACGAUACGAUCUCUGAAUUCGAUUCAAAGAUUAAUUCGAAGAUUAAUCUACAAGUUGUCGAAGCCCUCUUUUUCUCCCCGCUAUGCGAAAUCUCCAUCCGUGUAAAAAUACAUUUCAAGAAUUAAAACAAUGAUUACGCCUCCGCUAAAGAUAAAUCCAAUUCAUCGUGAUAUUGCGUCUGAUUCGCUUAAAUCUUAAUUUUGAAUUCUUACAUUCUAGAAUCUUCGAAUGCGCGACCUGCAUUUUGCAUUCCGCGGAAAUAGCUUGGAUCCUUACGCUCUAUGACGUUAAAAUGUGUUUUUUUUUGUUUUUUUUGUUUUUUUUGUUUUUUUUUUCUCUUAAAACUUUAAGAUCUCUGAAUCCUUACGUUCUAAGAUCUUUAGCGUACUUAGAAUCUACGGUCUUUGGAUCGUUAAGUUAGAUUCUAGGAACUGUGGAUCCUUAGGUUCUACGGUCUUUAGAGAUUUUUUGGAUUAUAGAAUUUCUCAGCGUCACUUAGACAUUCUAGAAUCUUGGAAUAUUUUUGUAAUUUCGUCGAAAAAAUGAAGGAAGAAGUAUAAAAACGAAAAGCGCGACAGCCUAAAAACGCGAAAUAAAACCUCGACAGCGAACGCAUCGUUCGCCUAGUAUUUUUCGCAGAAAAACUACGAAAGUUAAAUUCGUAGUUACGAAUUUCACUUUCAUAGUUGAAAACUACGAAAAUUAAAUCCGACGUUCUCCCCGAGCGGAUUAUUGAAAAGAAUACGCGCGGCGGGAUAUAAGCGCGUACACGGGAGAAACUCCGAUCGACUAGAGGAUCCAACGACGUGCACGGGAACACAUCCUAAACAUAUACAGUAAACAGGUCGCUUCUUUCGCGAGAUGAAAGAACUAGAGAAUUGCUGUUAUAAAAUUUACUCUUUGUAGAAAGUCAGUUGGGAUUCCGAGUGGGUCUUGGGAUGCGUAGGAGUCGUCCUAAAAAUCACCAGACCCCGAAAAUCGCGUAACUGAACUUCCUGAAACUACGUAAGAGAAUCGCGACUAUCUUAAAAGCCGCUUGGAAAGUUACAUUUAACGCGAGUGUCAAUGCGAGAAUGGAUUUACGAGAUUUACGAGAUGCUUACGGGAUUCCUCUAAUUGACGAAACCUGAUCGGAAAUGACAGAUAGAAAGGGAGGGAGGGAGAGAGAGAGAGAGAGAGAGAGAGAGAGAUAUACAAGC